AGUCCCGGAGUGUACAAUCGAGCGGAGCCCGCUCGACUGCUAGGGUUUACGCUCCCCGUGUCCCCCAUUUGCACUCCACACCCAAAAAGCGGAUCUCGACCUCGCCCCGCCGCUCCCCGCCGUCGACCACCGCCGCCGUCGACCGUCCACCGGUGUGCACACUGAGGGGUUACCUUUGUGUGGGAACUUUGAGGAUUACUUUGAAGGAGUUUGUGCAAUUACCCUGAACUAUCUUGGCGGAAGUGUGCUGUUAAGAUCUGGUGUUCCUGUUCUAGUAUACGUGUGGAUAAGAAUUCUUCUUGAAAAAUGCCGACAAGAAAAAAAGGCCCAGCAAGAAAUGCAACUGUUGAUCCUGUCAAUACGAAAACGAGUAGGCAACCUAGAAGAUCAACUCAGACCGCAGCUGCUGAAAAGAAGGUCAAUGAUCUGAUUACUUCUUCAUCUAAAAAGCAGAAACCUGCCGGAAGCCUUCUGAAGAAGAAUCGAGGUGUCAGGGGUGGAAGAAAAUUGGCAUUGGCAUCUCCUGAUAAUUCUACUGGUACAGAAAAUGAAGUUGCUGAUGCGCCAAGUAGUAGUAUGCUUGAUCACAAGUCUCAUGAAAAUGAUGAAGAGCGUUCAUGCGAUUCCAUAUUUUCUCAACCAUUCCACCAUCAUAAUGAAGACAGCAGUGAUUGCUUGGGCAAAGUUCAUAUGCCAUCAACAUGUGGAAACACAAAGCUUGAAGAUGAUGAGUUCAGUGAACUGGGUAGUCUUUCUCCUGAAGUGUCUGCUAUAUAUCUUGCAAUGCAGCACUCUAAGCUGGAGUGUAUUGAUGAACAAAGUCAAGAUUCUAUCUCAACAGAUGGCUGUGCUAACCCUGAUGAGGCUGAAGAGCUUGAGGAAUUUGAUCCUUAUAGCUUUAUAAAGGAUUUGCCUGAUUUAUCUGUGGUGGUUCCCAAGUUCCGUCCCGUUCUUCUUCCUAAGCAAACUCGGAGCUGUCCUCGAACUACCCUCGUCCUUGAUCUCGAUGAGACACUGGUGCAUUCUACUCUGGAGCCCUGUGAAGAUUCUGAUUUCACAUUCCCAGUUCAUUUCAAUCUCAGGGAGCACACAAUCUACGUGCGGUGCCGUCCAUAUCUGAAAGAAUUCCUGGAGAGAGUAGCCAGCAUGUUUGAGAUAAUCAUCUUCACGGCUAGUCAAAGUAUUUAUGCAGAACAACUACUUAAUGUUCUUGAUCCCAAAAGAAAGUUGUUCCGCCAUCGAGUUUAUCGUGAAUCUUGUGUCUAUGUGGAGGGCAACUACUUGAAGGAUUUAUCGGUUCUUGGGCGUGACUUGGCUCGUGUGGUCAUUGUUGACAAUUCUCCACAGGCUUUUGGGUUCCAGUUAGAGAACGGUAUUCCAAUUGAAAGCUGGUUUGAUGACCCAAAUGACAAGGAACUCCUAGCAUUGCUACCCUUUUUGGAAAGCUUGGUUGGGGUGGAAGAUGUCCGACCAUUCAUUGAGACGAAGUUCAAUCUUCGUGAGAAGGUGGCUACUGCGUCUUCGCUCACAAUGCACUUCUAGGUGUGGCUAUAUUUCUGAAUGCAGCAUAUCAAUUGAAGCAGCAGUCGUUCUCUUGCAAAAAACUAAGGCAAACAAAUGCUGGAAAGGAACGGAAAUGGUCAAUCGUCUGUACCGUAUCUGAAACUCUGAAUCCUGGCGCUGGUGCAAUCAUGUCUUUAAUUUUUGAACCCCCAGUCGGAUGUAUGAUUUUCUGUGUUGUAACUUUCGAACCGGUAAACUUCGGGAAUCUCUUGUAUAAGCGGUUGCCAACCAAACCAAUGGGAGUUGUGGUGACCAUGUUGUGCAUUGGAUGCAGAAUUGCCCAGAAAUGUAAUGGGCCAGUAAUUACCUAUUCUCCUGCCUGUAACUGGAUAGAUCUAUGCUCCAAUUGCAGCAGUUAUGCCGCAGUCUGUGAGCGAAGGUUAUAUUUGUACCUGCUUACAUCUCCAUCUGUA